AUGUAAAGUCAUGUAAAUUUAUAGAAAUACGAAUCUUAUGAGAUGCAAAAGGCAAGCAUAACAAUUUUUGAGUAAUCAACUUAGAUGAAUGUUUUAACAGAUGAAUAAAUAAUUGAUUCUGACCCUGAACCUGAGAAGACCAUUUAAGAAACGCAAAAUUAAAAUCUGUUGCUUUCUAAAUAGUACAUUUAAUUACACAAAUAGAAAUAGCCAGCAUUAUAAAACAAUUAUUGAGGAUGAAGAUGAAGAAUGUGCUUUGGAAGAAAAUGUAAAGGAAAUAAAUCCUUAGAAGCCAUUUUUAAUGUCGAUCAACAUUGCUAAUGUAAGUCUUUAUAGAUUUCCUACUUUGGAAUAAGAGAAGGUAAUCUAUUUCAUGUUUAAUAGAGUAGAGUUUAAGGGCUGAAAUAAACAAUAUCGAAAUUAAUAAUAAUGUUAUUUAUUAUCAAAUAGAAACUAAGUCAUCUUAAUUAGGGUACACUGUAAGAGUGAAGAGAAGAUAUAAUGAUUUCAAAUUUUUAUUGAGAGAAUUGAAUAUUCGAUACCCUUAACUUAUAUUACCUUAUUUACCAAUAGGAAUUGGUGUAGGAAAACUAAGUAACAAAGAUGUAGAAGAUCGAAAGAGAUUAUUGCAGAAUGUUAUAAAUAUAAUAACCAUGCAUUAAGAAUUGAUUCUUUCAAGUUCUGUUAGAAAUGUAAUAAUUAAUUAAUUAUUUAGUUUUUUGAAGAAGGCGACUAAUAGGAAUUUGAGAAUAAAAGAAAACAAAGUUAAUUCAAUAUGAAGGGAGGAUUAGCAUAAAAUCUAUAAACCAUGAUAGAUAAAAGCAUAAAAUCAUUUGGAUAAAUUAAGAAUUGGUGGAAUGGCACUAAUACAAAUAAAAAAAAUGAAGAACUGGAAUAAAUAUAAUAAGAAUUGCUUUAGUUAUAAAAUUAAUAAGUCAAAUUUUAGAAAUUACUUUCUUAUAUAUAAUAAUUACAAAAGAAAUAACAUAAGAUUAAAGACAUUAUCGCUUAAUAAGAUGGUCAAAAAACAUAGUUAUUAAUUGAGACUAAAUUACAUGAUUGUGUAUUAGAUUACGCUAAACAUUUAGAUUUCUAAACAAACACUUUGGAAGAUAAGUUUGUAAAUUAUUAUUAUCAAAUCUUAGGAUCAAUAUUAUCAAUAAUAAAUCUGGUAAUUAAUGAAUUUGAUUGAAUUUAUUGAUUAUGCUGAUAUUUAUUUCAAAUAGAUAGUAAAAUAUAUUGAUGAUCUAAAUGAAUAAUUAUUAUUAGUAGUUCCAAAUUAAUAAACGUAAAUAAAGUAUUUAAUAUUUUAGUCAUUAAACAAUUACAGAUGAGAUCACUAAAUAUUUGAGCAAAGCAAAGGAUUAAUUUUGUAAUAAAAAAGAUGGAAUUAUAUCAAAAUAUAUAGGGAUGCAAUAAAAAGGAUUUACUGAUUAUUAUAUUAGUCAAUAAUAAGAAAUCUGGAAUUAUGCUUAGGAAAUGAAAAACAAAUUUAAUUGAUAU